AUGGACAAAAAACAGAGACACGGCUCCUUCUCGGUGUCUUCCUGUUUAGCCGACCCUUCGCCAUACCCAUUGCAUCACACCUCUCGCUGUCGCAGCGAAUCGCUGAAGAAUCUUCCAAACGACACCCCGGAAUCUCCUCGACCAGCAUCCCUUGUUCGCGUGAAGGGCCAGGAACUCGCCAUGCAAACUCCUCCGAAGAAGUCAGGUAUGCUCGCAGCCAAUUCGACUAUAUAUCCUACCACGCGUGACGGAGUUGACAAUCGUUCAGAGAUGGUAUGGGCCAACGAUCAAUCGCCCACCAAAUCGCCUAGCAAAAGAACACCAGGGAGACCCGGAACUCCAGGAACACCAGGGACGCCUCGCAGAGCUGGAACCCCGGAAGCCAGCAGCACGCUUGUCAAUCCUUCCUCCGCUCUCCUCCAAGACCUGCUUAAAGAACAACGUGCCUGUCGAGGUGUGCGGGCGUCUACAGAAGAAAUGGAUGCUCAGGUGCCACGAACCCCGGAUCGUCCUUCCGCCCGGUCGCGGUCGCAAUCCCAGUCCCAAUCGCAGUCCCAGGACGAUACGAGCGAUAAACAGAAGAAGUUCAAUUCGGCUUUGUCAGCGGGUCUAAGGCAACCGCGGGAGAUGGGUGUCAGGGAAAUGGACCAGUACGUGUCCAAGAUGAAUAAACAAAAUUUUGAUUUGAAAUUGGAAAUCUUCCACCGGGCCCAGCAAGUUUCAGCUUUGGAAAAAAGGAUGGAACGCAUGGAGGAACUGGAAGGGGAGGUGAAACGGAUAGGUGCAUUGGAAGAUGAGCUGCAAGAGCUCCGCCAUGCAGAAGAGGACAACCAGCGGCUACGUGAGUCGAACGAGCAAUUACGGCAAGAGCUUGACAAACGAGACCAGGCAGUUACAGAGGCAGUUGAUCUCAUCUGUCAGCUUGAGGCAAAAGUGGCUGAACUGGAGGCAGCAAACCCAUCGAGACCGUCCACGGCGCCUAGCGAAGGCACGGAUGUUGCAACGCCGAAACAGCCUACCUUUGAUAACCUGGAGAGGACGACGCCGAAAUGUGUUACGAAGCUGGAUCAGCACCGCGAUGCGUCUCCCGAACGUCCUCACCUCCAGAGCGCACCGUCCUUCCUUCGUGACGAGAACAGAACACCUGCUUUGCGCGGCCUUUAUAUCCCCAGUGGCAAUCAGUCACAGUCAGCUAUGAGCGUAAUUACGAAGAGUGAAAGCUUGAACUCCAUGAAUGAGACCGCAGAGCCUGCUUCCCCAAGACUGAGCGCCCUGAGCGAAUGCAGUGACCUCAUUCCCGAAGAAGUCCCUGUAUUAGAAGAGGAAGCCGAUCAACCUGAGAAUGGAAGCCGAGGUGAGGAAUCAGAAGCAGGCAGUUCUGACACGUUUGGACGGAAGUUCCAGGUUCGCUCGCAGGAAAGAAAACGUGAACACAUCAAUCAAUGGAUACGACCGAUGCCGGGUGUGUACUCGAACCAGAAUGGCUCCCCAAGGCAGAAGAAGCGAUCCAAUGAUUCCAUGGAUCCCCGCCAGAGAGUAAGAAUGGAUGGUUUGUUUGGAGGUUCGAGGCUUCCACCUACUCCGGAUACAAUGAGCACCGCACCGCGGAACAACCGGUCGAAUGGUAGUAUUCAAGCGGCCAAAGGCCGGAAGCAACAGCUUGACCGGCCGCGUUCUUUUGAUGAACUGACAUCGCGGAGAAGCUCUGACAAUAGUGCGCGGACUGGUAGCAUGGGCACCAAUAUGAGUGACACUUCAGGUCGUGAGUUGCAAGCCAUUGAAAGACAUGAAACACCUGCAAUAGCUCCAUUGAAUUCCAUCUCAACAAAGCACCGUCGCCACGCGUCUUGCCAAGAAUCCACUACCUCAUGGGAUGGCACAGACCAUCAUGGUGAGAAUGAAAACAAGAGCAAGCGACACACAGUAAACCUCCCGUCUUCUUCGCCACAAUUAACUCCGCAGGAUUGGGUUGAAGCGGCGAACUCGACUCCUGAGGAAAAGGCAGGCUAUCACAAGCCCAGCAAAUAUUACCAGAAUAGUGCGUCGAUGGGUACUAGAUAUCCAGCCAAAACCAGCUUUGAUGUACGACGGCAUAGCAUGGAUUCCGCCAUCCGUCGGUCUACAACGGAGCCCACCUUGGAUCCUCAUUCCCUUGAAUUUGCACCUCAUCCUGCAGUGCGACCACCUGCGCCUGCACCAGAACCUGCCCGACGGCGAAUCAGUUUCCGGCCGCCGUUCUUUAGCCUCUUUGGAAACUCCCGUCGUCUGCAGCAAUCCGCUACCCAGGACUCUAGGAGUAGCGAGGAGCACGCACCGGCUCCUGUUGUACCGAAAGCCCGUACCUCGGGGUUGAAGUCAACACCCAAACUUAUCGAAUACCGGCCGACAUCCAGCCGCGCAGAACUAGGCCCUCCUCUCCCGACAUACGCUGACCCUGCCCAGCGUGCUCUCAUCCAUUCUUCUACAGAAUCCAACGUAAUGAACAAUGGCACUCGACCUAUCACUUCUAAUAGCAAGGAGCACAAGCGCCGCAGCUCCCUUUCAAUCAUCGGCUGGAUGAAGGGAGCAACCGGCAAAAAGUCCGAACCCAGUUCUCCAAUCACACCCACACAAUCCAACAACGCAGUGAGAAGCAGGAGAUCAUCGCUACGAAUGACCCCUGACAUAUCAGACUCUGCCAAAGAUAUGGCAGCAAAUACCAGUACCCAUGCUUUCACCGGCAGUCCCAAUCCCAAUCCCGACGAGGCGGGACGCCGGUUGAGAUACAUCGAACGGCGCGGUCGUCGAGGUUCGCUGAUGAGAUGA